GUGGUCGCCCGAUCUGACAUUGGUGAUACUCAGAACUCAGAACGGUUUUGUUGCUGCUGUGGUAGUUAAUAGAAGGCCCUCUCUCCUUAUUGCAUUCUAUCGUCUUUUUCCGAUCUUGUCUAAGAGAAUUUCAAUACUACAGAGCAGAGCAGAGCAGUGACGACUGAAACUGAUCUCUAGCUAGGCUAGCAUACACUGAGAAGAACACCAUGGAAAAGGAAGUCAAGAAAGAAGGUUUUAGGAAGUAUCUAGAGUCAAGUGGAGCUAUUGAUGCUUUGACCAAAGUUCUGGUGUCACUAUAUGAGCAAAAUGACAAGCCUUCAUCUGCUAUUGAAUUUAUACAACAAAAGCUAGGUGGCCCAACUGUAUCUGAUUAUGAAAAGAUACAAGCUGAAAUGUCAGAUUUACAAAUUAGGUAUAAUGAACUUUUGUCUGCACACCAGGAAAAAUGCAGAGAGCUUGAAGAAUUAAGGAAAUCACUUAUUAUUGCAUCCUACGAACGAACUGGUUCAAUCAAUGAUGCCCAAGAAGAGAAGCAUGAACUGUUGUAAGGUGAAACCCCUCACUUAGUGUUCAAAUUCAUUUGACUCUGAACUGCAUGGAGAUAACUUUUUCAACAUUUUAUUAUUAUUCAUAUAUUUUCUCACAAUUGAGCUUUUAUUCUAACUCCAUUAGCUAGGAGCUUUAUGGAGUUUGUAACUUAACUUGAAUAAUUGGACAUUUGGAGCAUCUAACUAAUUGAUUCUAA